AUGACACAUCAAAAUCCUCGGACGAGCCCCCUCGUGCCUGUCUCCAGCCUGCGACUUGCGACCUGCAUUGCUCACCAUGCCGGACUUCUGUUGCCGAUGCAUGCCGCUUGUCCUUGGUGGUCAGAUUCGUUACCGUCCAUCCUCCCUCUCACCACCUCCAAGCCUGUGGCGUCCUUGUCCGCCUCGCCCUCACGCCUCGCCAUCCAUCUCCUGUAUCUCCGCUUCGCUCCGCCAAAACCGCCAUCGUCAUGA